CUGAAGAGUGAAGAAGAUAGAAAAGAAAGAAAGAAAGAAAUUGACGCAGAGGCAGGCGGGUUUGUGAAAGGCUGUUAGCAAGGCGUGCACAAUCGCAUGUCUGAUAUUUGUCAAAUACAAAUAACAAAAUGGUGCUUUCGGAGAAGAAUCAGGAAAUUGAAGACGAGAAGAAGAAGAAGAAGAAAAAAAUAGAGAAGGCAAGGGAGAAAGAAUUGAAAAAGCAAAAGGCUUUAGAGAAAGUUGCUAAACUGCAGGCGCAACAAACAUCAACUAAUAGAAAAAAAAGUGAAAAGAAAAUGGUGAAGCGUGGGGGGAAGGAAGAGAAUUCUGAGGACUUUCUUGACCCUGAAACACCUUUUGGCGAGAAGAAAAGGCUGUCUAGUCAAAUGGCAAAGCAGUACAGUCCUACUGCAGUUGAGAAAUCGUGGUAUGCAUGGUGGGAGCUAUCUGGGUUCUUUGUUGCAGAUGCGAAGAGCUCCAAACCCCCAUUUGUUAUCAUCUUGCCACCUCCAAACGUGACUGGUGCCCUCCAUAUAGGCCAUGCCCUUACUGCUGCUGUAGAGGAUACGAUUAUUCGCUGGCGGAGAAUGUCUGGAUACAAUACCUUGUGGGUUCCUGGUAUGGACCAUGCUGGGAUUGCAACACAGGUUCUUAUUCCUUUUCCUAUUUAA